AUGGGCCAAAAAAAGACCACAAAACUCAAGCCUCCACCGAAAGCAGCCCCAACCAUUCGUGGGAGGAACAACAACGAGCUCCCCACUGAGCCUGAAAACAAGAGAAGUGACAAAGUGAGGGACACUGAGGAGGAGGAAUCAGAGAGUGAUACAGGAAGCUCAGUGGAGGUGAUGGACGAGGAAACUAGCAACGCUGAGAAAGAGGAGAAGCGGGGAAGUAACGAAGAGCAAUCUGAGACACAUGGGAGUGAGGAGAGCAGUGAGGAGGAGGCUGAGGCAUCAGAUACUCAAAGAGAUACAGAACAGACCGCAGACGAGGAAUCGGACAAAGAGCUUUCAGAGGAAGGUAAAUCCAAAAGGGAAGCAGUCACAUCCAGUGAAGAGGAAGAGGAAAAAGAGAAGGAAGUUGAAGUGUCUGAGGCAGUAAACAGUGAUGUGAGUGAAGACGAGGCAAUAACCCAGGAGGACACGUUUGAAAAGCCAACGGCUGAUAAAGCCUGCAGACGGCGCCGACGGAUUCCACGUGCCUCAGAGCCUACACAAGGACCGAAAUACAAGAUGUUUAAAAAAACAAAGGCAGAUAAGCAGGCGGAGAAGGAAGAGAAACAAAGAGCCAAAGCAGAGAAGCAGAGGUUAGAAAAGGAAGCCAAACAAAAAGCCAAGGAAGAAAAAAAGAAUAGAAAAAAAACACAAAAAGAGGACAAACCCAGUUAUGAAACAGAGGAGAUUCAACCACCAAAAGCUCUUUCCAGCAAGCGCCAAACAGAAAGCAUCAAUGGGAAAGAUGAUCCAGUAGAAGCUGAUCCAGACGUCGAAGAGGGGGAGGCUGAACAAACAUUGACCAAAGCCAUUAAAGGCCAAAACCGAAUUAUGCUCCUCAAAGCCAAAGGUAAAGACCUAAAAGCGAAUCUGGAGCCUGAGGAGCAGCAGGACACUAGUAGUGUCGUCAAAGGGCGGCCACAAAGCUUGCUCUUGGGGAAGGUCAAGAUGGCACCUCUACGACAGAAAGCAAAUAAGGAGUUAGCGAAGCCUGACGAGGAAACAUCAGAGAGCGAGGCCAUUGAUGAGGGGUCCAACAAACCCAAGGAACGUUUGAUAGCACGGAGAAAAGGUAUGACCACUCUUCGGCGAGUGUCUGGUUGGAUUCAAAAUAACAUGCCGCAUGGGUUUAACAUGAGAAAGAAGCUUUCUGCUUGGACUAAAGCCAUUGGGGUAUCCCACUGGCUCUCCUUUCGAACAAUAAAGCAGAAGCAAGUCGCCAGAAAAUCUAAGGGUAAUAUCCUCAAACAUAGGAUGGCUAUGAGAGUGGCCAGUAAAACAAGCCUGUCCAGUAAGAAAAAUAGGGGCCCCUCUGCGGACAAAAUGGGUAAAGAGGAUGCCAGCCUCCAGGGAAAGGCGGGGGAGGGAGGGGAUGAAGCGGCCCCAGCUGGGGAGAAAGAAGUAGAGGCCAAAUACGCUGUGGUACUCCCAAGGAUGAACAAACUGGCCAAGGCAAAGACAGCUGAGGUUCCCCAGGCAGCUCCUGGAACUUCUACUCCAUCAAGUACCACUGGACCAACAGGAGAACCCACUACAUCACAGCCAAAACCCCCUAAACCAGGUGCCAGGUUUGUGCUCCCAGUCAAACCAGAUCUCAGUCUCCUGAAGUCCAUCAAGAAGUCCUUGCCAGGGGGGUUAACAUCAGGUACGGACGUGGUUGAGAGAAGCCCCGGGUCCAGUAGUACACUGGAGGAUUCAUCCAGCAUCGAGGAUAAAAAGAGAAGAGCUGCCCUCAACAAUCAAGAUGGAGUCAGUAUGCUACAGGCUGCAAGACGGAAACUGAACCCCUCCCAGAUCAACCUGACCAAGAUAUCCUUGUCAGGGGGAAUAAUAAGUGGUGGGAUGACUCAAGCCAAGGGACAAGACCCGGAGAGAGAGGCUACAACUGGGAUACCCCGGUCCACCACUCAGCCCUUCCCAAAUGGGGAGGCAAGUGCUGUGAUGUCAGGUGGUCGGUCCUUGUAUGAAGAAGAGGCAGACAGGGAAGUGGCCCAGCUGAUGGGUGAGGGGGGGAUAUAUACCAUCCCCCGACCAGAGGUGCACUGGGCUGGUAACCCACGGAUGAGUGGAGACCCUCAGGAUUGGCUGCGUGCUGAGAACCUGUUGCCCCACCAAACAGUGGAGAAGCUAACCAAGUGGACAGUGUAUGAUGAUGGGGGCCAGGCCAAGACCGUUCCUGCCAACAAUGGCAGGGGCCCCUGGGAAUCAGAGGACUCCACCCAGGAGAUGCUGGAGAGUCGACUGGUCAGCACACAGGUGGUGAUGCCUGGAUGCAAAAGAUCUAUAGAGGUGGAUGAGGUGGAGGAUCUCUCCCAGCUGGAAGAGGUGUGUGAGAGCUCUGUGCUUCUGAAUCUGAAGAAGAGGUUCCACCGUGACUGUAUUUAUACUUACGUUGGAAACAUGCUGCUGUCCAUUAACCCCUUCAAACCCCUUAACAUCUACACAGAGGAGCUGAGAGAGAAAUACCAGGGCACAGAGCAGCAUAGAAACCCACCCCAUGUGUACGCCAUAGCCGACGCCGCUUUCAGUCAGUCUCAAGCCUCCACACAGGAGCAGUGCAUCAUCAUAAGUGGCCAGAGUGGAUCAGGGAAGACUGAGGCUACCAAGCUAAUAGUCCACUACCUCAGCUCUAUGUAUCAGGACAUAAACAGCAACCUGCGACAGCCCAUGGAGGUCUUUCCCAUCCUGGAGAGUUUCGGGAAUGCCAAGACCAUCCUCAACAAUAACUCAAGCCGCUUCGGCAAGUACCUCCACAUCCACAUCCUCCACGGGGUUGUUGUAGGGACCUCGUUGUCCAAAUAUCUCCUUGAGAAGUCCAGGGUUGUCUUUCAGGCCAAUGAGGAGAGGAACUACCAUGUGUUCUAUGAGCUUCUGGCAGGUAUGAAUGACUGGGACAAACAGGAGCUCUACCUGCAAGGAGCCGAGACCUAUUACUACCUAAACCAAGGUGGUGCCUGUGAACUAAAGUGGAAGCAGGACAAGCAGGACUUCCAACUUUUGGUUCAGUGCUUUGAGACCAUCGGUCUGCAUGCUGACCAGAUCUCCACUGUCUGGGCCAUCCUCUCCUCCAUCCUUCAGCUCGGCAACAUCUGCUUCAGCUCAUAUGAGAGCGAGUCGUUCGAGGUUGCGCGUAUUUUCAGCGAGGCCGAGGUUAGGAGGGUCGGCUCCUUGCUGCAGAUUUCCUCCGAGGCCUUGCAGACUGUCAUCACCCACAGAGUCACGGAGACGACCUACGACAGGAUCUACUGCCCUCUGUCUGUAGAAAGUGCCAUAGAAUACAGAGAUGCCAUUGCCAAAGCCUUGUAUUCAGUGCUUUUUGACUGGUUGUUGGAGCAGACCAACGACUGGCUGAGCCCCACGGAGAUGGACAGCACGGUGGGCAUUGUCGACAUCUACGGCUUUGAGGACCUGGGAGUGAACAGCUUUGAGCAGCUCUGUAUCAACUUUGCCAAUGAGCAGCUGCAGCACUUUGUCAACAAGGCCGUGAUCUCCCAGGAGCAGGAGGAGUACAGUGCAGAACAGAUCCAGUGGUAUCCGAUGCCACUCAAGAACUUCCACUCCUGUCUGGAGCUGAUCUCCUCCAGACCACACGGCAUCCUCCGCAUACUGGACGAUCAGACCUGCCUCCCCCAGGCCACGGACCACACCUUCCUCCAGAAGUGCCACUACCACCAUGGGAACAGCCCCUACUAUGCCAAGCCCAAGAACCCACUGCCAGUCUUCACUGUCUAUCACUAUGCCGGAGCUGUCACUUAUCAGGUUCAUAAUUUCCUGAAUAAGAACCACGACCAGUUCAGGACAGAAGUGGUGGAGCUUUUUGCCAGGAGUCGCUUAAAGAUGGUGUCGGAGCUGUUCCGGAAGGUUCAGGAUGCUUACAUUCAGCAGAGAGAGCUGGGCUGGAGAGGGAAAGGCCUCCGCCAGCAGCCUUCUACCGCCGCCUCACACUUCCUUCAGUCCCUGACUGAACUCACCACCCGUCUGGAGAGAUGCAAAACCACUUUUAUUCGUUGUCUGAAGCCAAACUACGUCAAGCAUCCUGGGAUCUUUGACGUGGACUACGUGUCGGCCCAGCUGAGGCAUGCUGGGAUGUUGGAGACCAUCCACAUCAGGAAAGAGGGUUUCCCCAUACGGAUACAGUACUCCUACUUCAUUGAGAGAUACGGGGUGCUUCUGAGCCAGCGGCUGAGCGAGACUUUGGACAGAGAGCAGUCGGUGGCUCUGCUGGACAUGGUUGGUGCAGAGGAGGGACAGUACCAGCUGGGACUCACCAAGCUGUUCCUCAAGGAGCCUCUGUACCAGCUGCUAGAGGAGAAGUGGAACAGCACCCAGACCUGGGCGGCCAUCACCAUCCAGAGGAACAUCAGAGGCUUCCUCUGCAGGAGGAAUUUCAGGUUCUUCAAACAGAAAGCCAUCGUCAUCCAGAGCCACAUACGAGGACAUCAGGCCAGGAAGUACUACAAGCGUCUGAGGCAGUCCUUCACCCAGUUCUGGGCGGUGAUGAUGAUAACCAGGGACACCAUCAAGAGGCGCCAUUGGAGGAAGGAAUUUCAUGAGAACAACAAAGUGAAGGCAGUGACAAAGACUAAGUCUGUCUCUCCAGGAAUGGAUGUGGGGAUGUUGGAGAUCCCUGCUGAGCUGUCAGCCAGACUUCGCAGCGCAGCAGGGCAUCGGCACGAUUCAGGAGUCACAGAGGUCGCACCUCCGCAGGUGAAGGCAGGGCACAAGCUCGCCCUGCCUCUGGAUAUAGACAGAUACCCAUUCUCUCGCUAUGCCAAUUCCAUAUUAAAGGAUACAUGGUGCCAGCCUCAGGGAUACUCCCUCCAGAGAUCCCUCACCCCUCUGGAGCCUGAAGAUGCCAGAACUGCCCUGGAGAUUUACAAACUGAUCUUGCGGUUUACGGGUGAGUCCGACCUCAGCGGCUGGCAGGAGCAGAUGUUAGGUAAUUACAUAGUGGAGAGGGGUCAGAGCCGGCCAGCCUUGAGAGAUGAGAUCCUCGCCCAGCUGGCUUACCACACAUGGGGCCCUCAGGAGCAGCAGGACAGUCUGAGGGGCUGGCUGCUGCUCAGCUGCUGCCUCAGUGCCUUCACCCCCUCACCGACACUGGACAAACCCCUACUCAAGUAUGUGUCGGACCAGGGCCCAGGGGAGUACCGCUCGCUGUGCCAACACAAAAUGCUGACAUCACUGCAGCUCCCUGCUCCCGCUGCCCGCAUCUACCCCCCCACCCAGCUGGAGUGGACCACCAACCAGAGGAAGGGCACCAUGCUGCUGGACGUGCACACUUUUAACGAUGAGAAGCUGACAACUGAGGUGGAGUCAUGGACCACAGGAGAGCAACUGGCCUCAUGGCUCCUUCAUUUCAGAGGUGUGUCGGAGGCGGUGCAGGGCUGGUCGGUGUCUCUUCUGACCGAUGACGGCUGGUCAGAUCUGGCUGGCUCUGACUUUGUCAUGGAUCUUCUGGCUGGAGCCGAAGCUGAAGUGCUGCCACCGCCAGGAACUCCUUCCUCUACGAACUCUGACUACCUGUUCAGCAGCCAGGGAGAAAGGAGGCCGGCUACAGAUCUGGAUGAGUUCAUUCCACCAGCGCCACCCAUGCAAGCUCCUGGGCUGCCUCCUUUUGAGGGAAGCCGUUGGGGAAGAGAUUAUCCACAGGAAGCUGCGGCGUACCAGACGGUGAUGGAGGAGGUGAGGAUAGAUGCGAUGUUGGCAGUGCAGAAGUACACCUACAUUGUCUUUGGCAGUUUUAACUUCUUCAGCUGUUGCAUGAACUACAAGCUGACGGUGCUAACAGAGCAAACAGUGUUUACCUGGUUUACCAGUGUUCCCUACCCUUGUGUCAGCGCCAUGGGACCGGCGGUUAACCCUAUGAUGCCCAGCUAUGGUGCACCUCACAUGAUGCCAACCAUGCCAGCCAUGAUGAUGCCUCCCAUGCCGGCCCCGUCUGUCGCCGACCCCAUGCAGAUGGCAGCAUCGCAGCAGGCCCUCAUCAACCAGCAGGCCGUUAUCAUGGCCCAGCAGAUGACCCUGCAGGCGAUGAGUUUGUCCCAGCAGCAGACCCAGGAGCAGCAGAAGAAGCAGAAGGAGCAGGAGAGAAAGCAGCAGCGGGAGGAGGAGAAACAGCAGAGGCGUCAGUCUGAGAGGCGGUCCUGGGAACGCUCGCGCUCGCGCUCCCCUCCGUCUCCCCCACCCACACCCCCACCUGCCCGGCCCAAAGCGCAUGCCCGGCCCAAAGCGCCUGCGGCUGCGGCUGCGGCUGCGGCUGCACCUGAACGCGCUUCCACCUACAGGCAGCCUGAGCCAGAGCCAGAAAGGGAAGUGGAUUCACCAGAUCCGGAUGACCUGCAGUCCUUCGGAGACAAGAGGGACUACUUCCAGAAGAUUGGCUUUCAGCCCAGAGGGGGCUCCAAAGCUCCAAAGCCUCCUCCGGCCCCCUCCAGCCCACCCAGACAGCGGAGACACUCCCCGCCGUCGCCACGUCCGUCACCAACAGCAUCUAAGCCCGAGGUGAAGCGUCUGCCCACCCGUUCUGCCAGAGAGGUGACCCCCCCACCAGCAGCACCGACUCUGGCUACACCUAAUCCCGAGCCCACCUCCAACAUCCGGGAAAUCAUCAAGAAGUAUAACAACCGACCCCAAACGGAAGCCAAACCCUUUCUGCCUGUCAGACCUCCUACACGGCAUUUUGUAAAGAAGAAUGACCCCAAAGAGGAAGCUCUGGCCAAACUCAAAAACAAAGCACCAGUGCCACAGCCGAAGAACCAGUGGGUUCCUCCGCCAGCCGAGCCCAAGUGGCAGCCUCCUCCUCCCAGGACCCCGUCCCCACAGUCCUCCUCUCCUCCCUCCACCAGUGGGCCCCGUGUCAUCUCCAGCACCAUGAAGCAGAAACAGCGCUCCCUGGAGUCCCUAUUUGGCUCGCAGCGCUCCAAACAACCCCCGCCCACUCCACCCGACUCCCCGCCGCCUCCCCUGCGCCCAGUGCCCAUCCUUCAGGGCAUCCCCGACCCGCCGCCCAUGGCAGCCCCGUCUCUCAAUGUGAUGCCAGAUGUGGAGGGUGCUCGCUCCCAGCUCCACCGCUUCUCUGCUGGGGUUUACUUCUCUUACUCCAACAUGCCGGGAAAACUGUUCCUGCGAAAAGAAGUGUUUUACCCCAGAGAGAUCUUCAACCGGCCUUACAUCCUCAAUCUGUUGUGUGAACAGAUUAUGAGAGACACCUACUCUGACAGCUGUGUGAGGAUCAGCAGAGAGGAGAGGAGAAAGAUGAAGGACCUGCUGGCAAAUUUCGAUGUGGGAAUGACUAUAAGCACCAUCCAGAAUGACAGCAUGAAGAAGAGGAUUGUCAUUGCUGCUCGAGACAACUGGGAAAACUACUUCAUUCGUCUGUUCCCUGUGAAGUUGGACAGUGGGGAUGCUCAGGUGUUGGGUGUGUCUCAUCGGGGCAUUCGUCUCCUGAAGGUGGUCAGAGCAUCAGGCAUCAACUCCAAACACCUCCGCCUGCUCACAAGAUACAGUUUUGCAGAGUUGCUGUCAGUUGACCUCCAGGGUUCAGACAGAGUUGAACUGGAGUUGACGAGGGAAAAGUUGGUGAUGCAGUCAUCUAGAGCUCCGCAGAUCACCGCCAUGAUCCGGUUAUUCCUCCAGGAGCUCAUCAGGGACUCAGGCCACGUCGUAGCCCUGAAGAGUUUUGCAACAGAUGACAAAAGUCUGCUCAGCUUCAGCAAGGGUGACAUCAUCAAACUGCUGCCAAUGGAAGUACUUCAGACAGGCUGGCGUUUUGGCACCAUGGGAGGGCGCUCUGGUCUUUUCCCGGAUGACCUCACCCAGCCAUCAGCUGCACCGGACUACCACGGUCUGCACCUCGACCAAAGAGAUGAAAGGAGGAAAAGCAGAAGGGGUGCUACACCCGUCGGUCCACCCGAGGGCCCGUCUACAGGUCCCAUUGGUAGACGCAUUGGCAGGUUGGAUUCAGAGCAGCGAUCCAAAGAGGCUUCGGGCCGGAGAUCCGUCCAAGGCUCAAUAGAGGGAUCAGUCCACGAGCUGGAGAUCCUCUCGGGCAUGGCUGAGUUCGCCACAAAGUAUUUCCGAGUGGGGACCACAGGUCUGCCAGCAAGUGCAAGGAAUUUUGCAGAGGUGGUUCAACACACAGAAGCUCCCAUACAGGAGUCCCUCAUUUUCUACAAUGAUCCUGAAAUCAACGAGUUGUCUGUCCAGUGCUUCAUGAACCUGAUGCAGUUCAUGGGUGACAUGCCAAUGACGAACACUAACACCCAGUCAGACUGCUUGAACCACAUCAUACUGUUAGGGAAGGAAAAGGAGCUACUGAGAGAUGAAAUCUACUGCCAGGUCAUCAAGCAAACCACCAACAACCCAACAAAGUCCAUCUGCACCCUCGGCUGGCGGCUGCUCCAGCUGAUGACCGGGUUCUUCCCGUGCUCUGGUACUCUGCAGCCGUACGUCACAAGUCACCUAUACUACAUCUCUCAGGACUACGAGCACCCAUACCAAGAGCUGGCGUGCGUGUGUCAGGAUAACCUCAAGCGAUCUCUCAGCUUUGGCGGCCGCCGUAACAUCCCCUCACACACUGAGAUGGAGGCCAUACUGGCUGGCAAAACUUCUCGACGUAUUCCCAUCCAGCUACCAGGAGGAGUGGACUUCCCCAUCAAGAUACGCAGCUUCAGUAUGGCAGCAGAUGUGGUAAGAGAGUUCUGUGAAGAGAUGAGCAUCUCAAAUCUCACAGAAAUCAAAGAGUUCUCCAUCCUUGCCAACCGAAAUCAGGAUGGGAUGGUGCGUCCCCUUCACGGCGAGGAGUAUCUGUUCGACUUCCUGCUGGACAACGGCACCAUCUUCUUUUCCCUCAAAAGACUGAUCUGGAGGAACCCUCUGUCCUACAACAGUGACCUCUACGUGGAGUUCCACUAUCAGCAGCUCCUGUCCGACUACCUCAGUGGGCGGCUGAUGCUUCCUCCUGCUGCAGGUGGUUCCUCAUCAGUCCAGCAGAUAGCGGAGCUGUCAGCCCUGCAGCAUCUGGCUCAGGGACUGAGGGAUCAGCCCUCACUGCCAGAGAUGAAGGAGUACCUUCCAUCACAGGACGGACUCAGCAGCAGAGUGGAGGAGAUCCACUCCUUCUGUCUGGGUCAGAUAGCUGCGAUGCACUCCCUCAGCCCUCUGGACGCCAAAAUACAGUUCCUUGAGAUUCUGACCACCAUGCCUCUGUUUGGCUCCAACACUUUCUUGGCCCAGAAGGUCAGUCAGCGUGGCUGUCCCUCUCCCUGCAUGGUCAGCAUCAGCCAGGAGGGGGUGCUGUUCCUCCACCCCAAAACACAGGAGAGAGUGUUUCUGAUUCCUCUGACAGACGUGCAGUCCAUGCGCACCAUCCGCCCCAAGAGACAGUGCAAAGGGCCAGCUAUGGACAUCAAUUACAACAAUCAGGGCCGACCCAAAAAAGUCACUAUUCAACUCAGACAGGCUAAGGAAUUGUGCCACAUCCUUGCUAUGAUAAUGGAAGAAUCGAUCCGACCAUCAGUCACCAGCUCCAUGUCAAAUCACCAGUAG